CUGUCAAUGGAUCCAUCAGUAUCGUCAGUAUCACAUAACCCAACAAAUCGAUCGCGUUAAUCGCAAACCCAUCAAUAAUGCAACUUUCGUUGGUUUGCUUCUUUAAGAAAAGCGUUCCCGGUCACAUUUUCCGCGGAAAAUACCGACUGGUCAAACAAAUAACGAGAGGUGCCAUGGCCGCACAAGUUCGUGAAUAUGAACGGCAGGACAAGAUGAUGUAUAUGUUGCGGUAUCCAUACCUGACAUCGGAAGAAUCCAGUGGUCACACCAAACAUCUGAACAAAAAGGAACAGAAGAUUGCUGCUUUCACUGAUUACAAACUGAAGACUGCAUUCAGAACACCGAUCACAACAGUGGAAGACCGACUGAAUUUUCUCAAAGUUAAAGAGAACUGGGAUUGAAUCGUUGUUACGCGGUAUCGACACCGGAAUGAUUUGUGUUUUAGGACAGCCACGCAUUGUAGAUACAGAGAAACGGCUCGGAUAUUUGAUUAAAUAAAUAAAUUUUAAUGAAAACAA